AUGACGGAAGACACGACAUCUCCUCCUCUCCUUACUGCAGCCGAGGAUGCCACAGUCAGCUAUUUGUUGUGCCGGGUCUUGUCCGGUGAGAAAAUAUGCAGGGCAACGGAACUUGCCGCAUGCCUUCCUCGGUGGCUUAGCGACGUCAAAGAGCGUAACCCAAUUUCUCCGAAUCUCCCAGAGCUACUAGCUCAUCUUCUACUCCCAUUUGGCACACCUGCUGUACUGGAACACCUCGAGAGGCUCGAAAUCCCCGACUCUUUUACCGAUAGACAAAGGUGGAUGGUAAAGCUCCAUGUCCUCAUGGAUAACAAAGCACAUGAAAGGAUGUUGCAUAAGUUGGAGUCUAUGCCGGAUCAACAGCUAUCAUUCAAAGAUCUGUGUGAGCAAGGGAACGCUCAAGAAGAUAGUGUGGAUGAUUACCUCGUCGUUGAUCCCAAACGAACCCUACAAUUUGACUUCGACAUGCGGGAUGUCAUGACCCGUGGUGACAAAGACGCAAUGAGACAGCAUCAAGAUGUCUUUUACGUGACCGGCUCCGUUGCCUGGACCGUUCGAUCUCCUUACUGGAAUGUGGCCUUGGCCACCGAUGAUGAAGGUAAUCGAAUUCUCUCGGAUGAAGUUUUGGAUCGAGUUCUUCCCAAAUGGAGACAAAUUCUCACCGGGGAGACGAUACCAACCCCGAAAUAUGGUGUUGUCGAUUCCUUUCGUUCGUGGCUGGCUAGCGAGGAGAAAAAGGCCUGUGAUCUCGGCAAACCUUGGCCCGAUACCCCUGUCGAUGCUGUCCCUUCGGCCCCGAAGCCCAAUUUUAUAAGCCCCAAGACUCCGGAAACCUAUUCUCGCCUUCGCACCAUGAAUGUGGGUCGUCAUUAUCCGUUUGAAUCCAGUCCCAAUGUCACCAAUAGUGAGCAAACUGAAUUGCUCCGAGAGAUACUCACGGAAAUCAAAGAAUUGAAGAACAUGAUCAGCCAGAAUAUCGAAAGGAAGCAAGAGCUCGAGAUUACAGGAAAUCUGUUGCAUGAAUCUUGGCCACAGGGCUAUCCUCCCGUUCCUCAAGGAAUGCAACCAAACUAUCUCGUGCCGCAACAGGGUCCAUUCGUCGGUGCUCAAUAUCAGUCGCCCGUACUCGAGUCAGAUUGGCAACGCUGGAACUCACAGUACCAAGGCCCGGCUACCAUGCCAGGCACGGGAUCUGAUUCAGCUCCUCGUCUCUAA